UUAAUUAAAAAUAUAUCGUUGAAAAUUCUCCUAAAAAUUUACGUAGGUAGUUACACAUGCGGCUUGCUUCGGACACUUUUUUGCUCAAGAUCUUCGAGCGAUAGUUAUCUGAAUUUAAAUGCAUAUUUCUUAGCCGUAUUUUCACGAUAAAAUACCUAGAUAUUCGAAAAAAUGAUAUUAUUUUGGACUUUGGUGCAUCUAGCUUGGCUAAAUAUCGCCCUAGGAUCACGACACGCUCCAGGUGACUUCGAAGCUGUAUCAAAAGAUCGCUAUUACAUCGAUAAGACGGUAUUGAUCGUUCGAUUUUUCCACUUUGUCGAAGAACGUAAAUGUCAAAUAAUCACGUGUCCUGCCGGAUUCAUCAAAAGCACCAAUCUUGAUAUGAUCAAACGAUUCGUGCAAAUCGACGUUGACGAAAAAGGUGUAGCAAAAGCAAAAAAUGAUACUCGUAAUUUCCGGCUAUUCAACGAUCCAAAAUUCUUGGUAAGGAAAUAUAACCUCAUUUACGAAACGCAUUUGGCCGAAUAUCCGGUCGUUCAUUUAGAACUUAGCGAUAUCGUUGGGCCCUCCAUUCCUGAAAUUUUAAUCAAAUUGAGCGCGAAAAUUCGUAAAGCUUACCAAGAGUAUCAUUGGCUUUAUAAACUAUACAGUGAGAAAUACCCCACCGGAUAUGACCCAGAAGGAAACGCCAAGGAAAGGGCUCAGUUGAAUUUUAUGCAAAGUAUUUUCCAACCAAACGAACUGAAAGCAGCCGAUAUCAAACAAAGUAUUUAUCAGUUGGUGGAAAUCCUGUAUACUUAUUUCAAUAAACAGGUGAUUGUUUUGAUCGACGACUUUGAUGCCCCCUUGAUCGACACAGCUACCAAUAAAGAACAUCAUCUCGCUUUGAACAUGGUGAAAAACAUCGUCGACGAAGUAAUUGGUAAUUUAUUCAAAGCCGACAUGGAUAAAUACAUAAAAUACAUGUUGGUCUUGGGCACAAACUCGGUACCAUUGACCGAAGAAAACAAUAACAUUGUUUUCCGACCCUUCCUCGGUAAUCAUCCGUUUGCUUACCAUUUCGCCUUCACCAAAGAGGAGCUUUCGGCUAAACUUCAAGCUCUCGAUUACCCACCUCUUACAUUCCGAGAAGUUAACGCCCAAAGAGGAGGAUACCAGUUGAAAGAACUUAGGCAGAUUAUGUGCAGACCAGACUCGAUCCAGAGAUUUUUCAAAAAUCAGACCAACGAUAUUCCACCAAAUUCGUGGAUUGAUAGCGGAUCCCUGAACGCCUUAUCAAUGUUUUUGAAUAAUACCGAAAUAAGGUCUAAAGUUGGAGAGCUAUUGAAUCUUGGUAAUGUCACUUUCAAAGUAAUCAGACCCCUUGACGUGGCCCAUUAUCAAAAAUUAUCCGAAAUCAUUCGCGGUCUAGCUGAUGUCAACAGUUUCGAUGUCGAUGCAUUUUUCACCAUUCUGCUAGAAAAUGGAUUUUUGGCCUACAUUGAGAAUACGAAAUUAUUUUACGGAUACUUUGCCCAGAAAGAAAAAAUUUUGAGAUUCAAAAUACCCAAUGAAGAAGUGCGACAGGUGUUUAAAGAUUAUUAUUCAUUGUAUAAAGAAUAAAUUACAUUCAAAAAUAAAUGUGAACGAGUAUAGGUACCUAUACUUACCUAGUUUAAUUAGGCCAGUUACUAAUCCGUAAAAAUUUUUGUGAUUUGAAUCCGAUGGUGUGGGCAUAAGUUGGUAUUUAAAUGAAGUGAUAUCAUUUUUAUAAAGGUAUUUUUUUCAUCUUGUAAAAUUUAAGAUAGUUUAGCCGAAUUAAUAAACGUCGAGUCGGUGGCAACACUGGGAUUGAGAAAUAUGAAA